GUUAAAAUUAUCCAAGUUGGCCAUUGGUUUUGGUAUUCGAAAAGCAUGCUAGGCAGUUUGGGUGAUUAAAAUUAAACAAAAAAUCGGUUUGGAUUACAAAAUUGUUGGGUUGCGGUGAACGGGAUCAUGGAGAGCGUGCGGUUUCAGGAUGUCCAAACGAUAAGGAUCGCUCCGCCGCCAGCGAUGAGGGUGAUCCACCUGGACCUCAACGAGGAGGAGAGUCGUCGGCAAAUGGCGGCCAACAAGUAUGGAGGCAUCUGCUUGCACACGGCCAUAGCGGCCAUGCUCUGCUUAAUGCUGGUGGUGGUGUUCUGCUCGGCGCCCCUUGGUGACAGCCUGACCAAUCGGACCUCCUCCGAGGAGCGGUUUGCCCGCCGAAGGCAGAUUUAUGUGGAGCGGGAGCGACGACAGAGACUGGGCAGCGGAAUGGCCUUGAGUCCGCUGGAGGAGGAGGCCGAUGGGCGACUGCUGGCCAUCAAGCAGGUGGACGAGGAGGUUCACGAUCUGUGGCAGAACUACCACUCCCAGCCGCCGCCGUUCCUCAGCCAUUUCAACAUCAGCGACACCAGUCUCUAUGCUGCUUUAAAGAGCAUGCCCAAGGGCGGACUGCUCCACGUCCACGAUUCGGGAAUGCUGCGGACGGAGAUCCUCAUCGAUCUGACCUACCGCGACAACCUGUGGGUCUGCGUGAACCUGGAUCAGGGCUUCGAGGAUUUCCGCUUCUCCCGGCACUUUCCGCACAUCCCGCCGGCGGACGACUACCAGUGUAACUGGAUGCUGAUGCGAAACUUCUUCGAGUUUGAGCCGAGAACUGGGUUCGUGGACAGGCUGCGGGAGAGUCUCACUGUCCGCCCGGAGGGUUAUGGAAGCUCCUCGGAGCUGGCUAGGCACCUGAGACGCCACCAGCGGUUGAUCCACGGCCUGAUCACCUUCCGUCCGAACUGGAGCGAAUUUAUAUUCAGCAUGCUGAGCGAUUUCUACGCCGACGGGGUGCAAUAUGUGGAGCUGCGGUCUUCGCUGCCAAUCAUGUACGAUCUGGAUGGCAAUAACUCCACCAUUUUAGAAACAGCCGAGUCCAUAGUUUCGGUGUCGAAUAUUUUCAAGAACACUUACAAAGAUUUCAUCGGAAUCAAGCUGAUCUAUUCCCCUUCUAGGGACUUUAAUGACAUGGAAGAUUAUUUAGCCAAUGCCCGUCUACUAAAGUUGCAUCAUCCCAAUUUCUUUGCUGGUUUCGAUCUGAACACCUUUGGUGAUGAGUGCAAUUUACCGGUCUUGGGGAAGUCAACUGAGCUUUUGAAGAUCGGCAAGGAUAUUGACUUUUAUUUCCAUGCUGGUGAGUCGCGAUGUCCGGAUAGCUUAAGGCCGGAUGCGAAUCUUAUAGAUGCCCUUUUGCUGGGAAGCAAACGGAUCGGGAACUCUGUGAAUCUGCCUUUUCACCCUGAGAUUAUGAGGGCAAUGAAAAACCUUAAGAUGGCCGUGGAGAUCUGUCCGUUGUCUAAUCACUAUCUUCAGUUCUUUAACGAUUUUCGGCAACAUCCGGCGGCGUAUUUGAUUGCCGCCGGCUUUCCCAUUGUAAUUGGCUCGGAUUAUCCGUGUUUCUGGAACGCCGCCCCCCUGACCGACGACUUCUAUGUGGCCUUCGUGGGUGUGGUCAGUGGGUGGGGCAAUCUGCGCCUGCUCAAGCAGUUCGCCAUGAACUCGUUUCUGUACAGUUCCCUUAGCGAAACGGAGCGGAAUGUGGCCGUAACCAAGUGGCAAUGCAGCUGGAACCGGUGGGUCAGGAACUUUGUUAACGGUAGUGGACACGAAUAAGAGGUGGUUGUCGAGAUGAGGAAUAUAUUUUGUUUAGGGUAUC